AAUUACAGUUCAGUGGCAAAGUGACAAGCAAAAAUACAAAAUGGUCCUGGAAAGUACUAUGAUAUGCUUUGAUAACAGCGAUUACCAGCGCAAUGGUGAUUACUUUCCAACUCGCUUAAAUGUCCAGAAAGAUGGCAUCAACCUUGUCUGUCUCACAAAGCUGCGAUCCAAUCCGGAAAAUAAUGUUGGUCUGAUGACACUAUCAAACACUGUCGAAGUGCUGGCCACAUUGACCAGUGAUGUGGGUCGCAUAUUCUCAAAGAUGCAUUUGAUUCAGCCAAAAGGGGAAAUCAACCUUCUGACUGGAAUUCGGAUUGCCCAUUUAGUAUUGAAGCAUCGUCAAGGUAAAAACCAUAAAAUGCGCAUUGUGGUCUUUGUAGGCUCACCGAUAACCAACGAGGAAGGAGAGCUUGUUAAGCAAGCCAAGCGCCUCAAGAAGGAGAAGGUGAAUGUGGACAUUGUCAGUUUCGGCGAUCACGGCAACAACAUUGAAACUCUGACAGCUUUUAUUAACGCUCUCAAUGGCAAGGACGGUACUGGCUCCCAUCUGGUUAGUGUUCCUCGCGGAUCGGCGCUGUCGGACGCCUUGUUGUCGUCGCCCAUUAUCCAGGGUGAGGACGGCAUGGGAGCCGCUGGAUUAGGCGGCGCCGCAUUUGAAUUUGGCGUAGAUCCCAACGAGGAUCCAGAGCUGGCUCUUGCCUUGCGCGUCUCAAUGGAGGAGCAGCGUCAGCGCCAGGAAAGCGAGCAGCGUCGCGCCGGAGCCGACAGUGCUGGACCAACUGGAAAUGCUGAGACCGCCGCCGGAACGGUUCCAGCUGGUUCCAGUGCAGAGGGUGGCACCGGCAGCUCGGGCGUAACAGUGCCCAAUUCCAAUUCGGAGGAGGCAAUGCUACAACGCGCAUUGGCCUUGUCUACUGAAACUCCGGAGGAUAAUUUGCCCGAUUUCGCCAACAUGACCGAGGAGGAGCAAAUCGCUUUUGCCAUGCAGAUGUCGAUGCAGGAUGCCGCCGAUGAUAACGUGACACAGCAAGCUAAACGUCCCAAAACCGAUGAUGCCUCUGCCCCAAUGGAUGUGGACGAAGACUACUCGGAAGUCAUUGGAGAUCCAGCAUUUUUGCAGAGCGUUCUUGAAAACCUUCCUGGCGUUGAUCCCCAAUCUGAGGCAGUUCGCGAUGCUGUUGGUUCUCUCAACAAAGACAAGGAUAAGAAACCCGACGGCAAGGAUGAGCAAAAGAAAUGAAUUGCUAUCUACAUUAAUACAUAUACUUCUAUAUAUAUUUAAAAUUGCAUUAAUCUGAAAUCAUAAGUGAACGAACAUCUCGGAAAUGAUGUGCUAAUUUUGUUCAUGCUUCAAAUAAAACAUAUUACCACAGGGAAAA